AUUAAACUUAUGUUUAUAAGCUUUUAAUAUUAAAAAUGUCUUAAAAAUAAGAUGUAUUUUCUUUUCUUUUUGGCCAGGGUCAUGGCAGAUUAUACCUACUAGCUUUUCCGGAUCAGAUUUUCUACGCUACAAUUUCACUUGAAAAUAUUAUUUUUAAUACUUUAAUUAAAACGAAGACGUUAAAAAGGUUAGUCUGGUCUUUAGUAAAAUGUAACAAAAAUCAAUUCGUUCUCUUCUCCUUCAACCGUUGGCUGUGUAGAAGCCGUCUCUCUUUCUCUCUCCCGCUUUUCGAAUUCCUGAAAUUGACUGAUUCAAUAUUCAAAAUUUAACGGCUGCGUCGCCGGAAUAUUCAUCCCUCUCAGCGAUCUCCGGUCAUCCAGCUUAAUUGAUCGCCGGUUAGAUUAUUGUUCACUCUAUCCAGUUUUUAAUUUGUGUGCAUCCGGUGAAAAAUUCAAAUUACGUUUAGUAUCGUUCAAAAUCGUGGCCAUAAUUACUAAUUCACUGUCAACUUUCAGUUUCGAGGUGAAAUUUAAUGUCAUUAAUGGUGACAUAAGAGUUAGAAGUUUAAUCAGUUUUUAUUUAAUAUUUAUUUCCAUUUCUACGGUAUCCGAGAGCAUCGAGAUGAAAAAGAAUAGAAUCAAUCUCUAUGCAGAUCUGGUUUUAGUUAUUAGAAAAAUAUUUGAUGUAGAAUGAUAUAUAUUUUAUUGAUAUCUCUUACUUCGACACUGUUCCUGAAAUUUCAGACAGAUAUCUGCGGAAUCCAGCCACUACAUCUUGUAUGGUUCCUGUAAUUUUUACUGAUAUAUUAUAGAAAAUAGGGAUUUUUGUGAUUUAUAUGAGGUUUCUUCCUAGGUUCUUACAAGUAUCAAAUUGAUAUAAAUAUAUUGAUCUUUUGAGGAAAAUCAAUAUAACUAUGAUACAAAAACAUUUGGUGCUAGAAUUGCAGAAAGAAUUUGAUUAUUAUGUUUGGACUUUAUCUGACUCUUGAUAGAGAUCAAAAAAGUAGAAAGUGUAUAUCAUAUAUGUAGCUUCUGAGUUUUGAAUAUCUAUAAUAUAGUUCAAAGAUGUUCAUUGUGUUUCAUUAUGUAAUAAUGAGAUCUUAACCUAAGUAUAUUUUAGCCUUUUAGUUAAUUAGAUUAAGUUUUUUGUAUUUUGUUAUAUUGAUAAAUCUAUGUUUUGUGUCUGUGUGAACGGAUACAGUGAAUUAAUCUAACAAGGAGGGACAAUGAUCCUGUUUGGCACAUGGUCCUCCAUGGAUGCUUCCAUAAUCCCAUCAUUACAUGCUUAUUAUUGACCAUAAUCAAAUAUUUACAGUUAACCUUUGACUGUAAAUUUAAAAAGUAGGCUUCUAAAGUUAAAAAUUCAAAAUGUUGAUUGUAUUAAAUAAUCUUUACUCAGAUGUAGACAAACAAAGAAUAAAUAUAAAUAUAAAGUAUAAAACAAUCUGGUGGGAUUGUAUUUUUGUUCAUCAAUGUUUUCAAGAUUAUAUUGUGUGAAUUUCCGCCAUUACUCUGCAACUCCUUUUCCUUUCAGUCCUGUCGACCAUGGCAAAUCCGUGAAAGAGACAACAGGUGGCAGUUUUUGUGUUUUUUAGCAGGAUUCUUCUUAUAAUCUUAUCCUACGCACCCCUCCAUAUCUUCUCUUGUACCUAUCGCCUUCCCUUUCUUCCUACUGUUUCCUGUAUUUGAGUUAAAUGGGUUGCAUUCCUCCAAUCAAACAAACGCACUUUUCCCUUUUUUUUAUGAGCUGUAACUGUAAGUUGAAAGGAUAGCACAUAAGAAGAAGAAGAAAGCAAAUUCCUUCGUCUUUUCAAGAAAUUCGUGGAUUAUUUUUGGCAAAUGUGUUGCUCGUGUGAUAGAAGACAUCAAUGUGGUUGAAUUCGAAUAGAGUGGAUGGACGUAUGUGAAUCAAAUCAAGCAUCAGAGACCCGAAAGAUCAAAAACAAUGGAAGAAUUCAUCGGGACGUUAAUUCAAGGUACAAAUCACCUACACCACGGCGUUUUCCAUCUCCAAACACGAAAACAACAGUCACAACUUCAACGUCAGCGCCGAUUUCAAAGAGAGCUGUAUCCGCCGGACGAAGACAACCGCCAGCGGCAGCAACACCACCGUCGCCGCCGUCCCCCUCCACCCCAGUUCACGAUUCAUCUAUUUACACCGAACUCGGCGCUAGAAAAGCGAGUGGUAGUAGUAAAUUGCCGGAGUCGUUAUGGCCUUCAAGAAUGCGAAGUCUCAAUGUUGCUUUUCAAUCAACAGCUUUUUCAAUGCCGAUUAGUAAGAAAGAGAAGCCUCCCCCACAAGCCAUGUUUGAUCGGACAUUGAAGCCUUCGUCAAAUGUCGGCCAUAAACCGACUGUAACACCACCAUCACCACCACCGACAUACCGGAAAGCUACGCCGGAGAGAAAUAGAAGUCCUCUCAAAGGCAAAAACACCAUCGAUCACUUAGAAAAUUCUAAACCUUUCGAUCGAUUUGAUCACCAUAGAUGGCCUAACAGAACCGGGUCUUCUAAUGUUUUAACCAAAAACAUCGACCCACCCGAUCAUGAACCCGUAACUCCAAAAUCCACAAACGGAAAUUCAAGAAAACCAUCGUCGCUUUCUUAUAAUCCACACAGAAUAGCCAAUCUUUUUUCCGAAAAAAACGCAAUUCGAUCUCCAUCACCAAUUAAGUCAUCUGGUAUUAUUAUUUCACGAGGUGUCAGUCCAUCGCGAACAAGGGUUUUAAUUUCUCCACCACCUCCACCACCCGCCGCCGCUAGAGGCGCCAGUCCUAGUCGCGGCGUGUCGUCAUCUACUCCUACUCCUUCCACCCAAUUACGCAAUUCGAAUACAGUUUCUGUUCUCACAUUUAUCGCCGACAUUAAAAAGGGGAAAAAAGUUGCGAAUCGCAUAGAAGACGCUCAUAAUCUACGCCUACUUUAUAACCGGCAAGUCCAGUGGCGUUUCGUAAACGCCGGCGCAGAAGCCACCUUAAAUUCUCAGAAACUAACGGCUGAGAGAUCUUUACUUAAUGCACAGAGAACAACGUCACGACUUCAAGAUUCAGUAACUGCAAAGAGGGUUAACAUCAACCAGAUGAAACUGCAGUUAAAGCUUUACUUGAUUUUAAUGACUCAAACUGGUUACUUAAACCAAUGGUGUUCAAUUGAAAGAGACCAUAAUUUUGCAUUACAUGGUGCUAUCGAAGAUCUAAAAGCAAGUACUUUACGCCUUCCUGUUACUGGAUGGGCAACGGCAAAUAUACAAAGUGUGAAGUCGGCGGUUUAUUCAGCUAUUCAAGUAAUGCAGUCGAUUGGAUCCUCUUUACAAUCUACACUAUCAAGAUUGGAGGGGACAAAUUGGGUGGUUUCUGAACUUGCAACUGUAGCAUCACAAGAAAGAGCUCUUCUUGAUCAAUGUGAAGCUUUAUUGACUUGUGCAUCUUCUCUACAGGUAGAGGAAUACACCCUUAGGACACAUCUCAUACAGUUGAAACAAGAUUUGAAGAGUCUAUGAUUUCGCCCAUAAAUGACUCCAUCCACAUUCUACACUAACUUCACUUUAUAUUCUUAAGAAAAAAAGAACAUACGUCAGCGACAACAUAUGGUGUGUUGAUAUAGUGUGUGUACAGUUUUCUUUUGUGUGUGUGAGAGAGUGCUUCUUUUUCUCCCAUCACUUUAGGAGAGGUGUUGGGGUAAUUAUAGCAAAAAAAUGUAACCGGUUAAUGUAUCCAUAUCAAUGGCAAUGCAAUGGUUCUAGCUUUAUUCAUUCUUAUUAUUGUAAUUUUUAGCAUCAUUACUUGAAAAGAAAUGAAAAAGUAAAAAGCAAUUAAUUAC